AUGGGCGAAGAAGAGGAAAAGCAAUCCGCUGGCAGUUGUGGAAACUCGAAAACAAAGAGGAUUCGGAGUGAAACCGGCGGUAUUGAUUGGAUUAGUCUGCUGCCUGACUCUGUUAUCGUUCAAAUUCUCUCUACUGACCUUAACAGUAGAUUGAGAGAAAUAGAGAAAAUCCCGUUUUUGCUUCUGGAAAUUUUCUACUCAGGCAGUCCGCUUCAGACAGAGUUUGCCGCUUCGUUAACCGUUGGAUCGUGCUCAAAUUUGAACUGGGAGUUCUCAGCAUUUGGUUCUUGCAAUUCAACGGUGGAGAUCGGAUUUGAAGAUGCAUGCAAAACAUCUAUUCUCUCUAAGGGUUGGCAGUACCUAUGGACUUACAUCAACAAUCUGAAUUUUGACAGCAGGGAUGGUUUAAAACCUCGAAACUCAACAGUAGCUCGAAAGCCAACAGAUCUUAAUUUCCAUAAUCACACUUGGGGUGUUACAAAUGAUCUAAUUGACAUCAAAGAUAUUUUAGCAGACGUACGUUGUGCUAGUGAACUAACGGUCCCUUCCUGGUUUAUCGAGGUGAUUUCCAAGUUGAUGUUGGAAAAUGCAGACUUGCCGUUGCCGUUGCUGGAGUGCAAACGGUUGACAAUAAAUUCGUUUAUUACAAAAUGUUCCUUCCUCGGUAUAGGCAACCUGUUAAACUCAACUCCGUAUCUGGAGAAUUUGACAUUACUACCUGAACAGGAUUUUCUAGCUGUUAGGAUUAUCCACAAUGAUAUCAACUUCUUGGGUGAUGACAUUGACUCCUUUCAAGGAGACUUAAUCAAAGGUUCCUUAGAGAAACUAAAGAAUUCAAAGGUUAUUUUAGCGUUUUGUGGUGAUGAUAUCUUCAAAGAUGACACAACAGGGCUCGCUCAAUUAUUGAAGUCUUUGCUUGAGCAUGCAAUAAAUAUGGUGAAACUGGUUAUAAACCUAUCUCACUGGAGAAGAUGCAACACCUGUUCAGCUAGGAUCUCAAAAAUUAUAGAGAAUUUGUUAGGUUUUCCAGAAGAUUCUAAGUGUGCAUUUGUUAUCAAUCCCUUCUGUGAAGAUUAAAGCCGUCUAUAUUGGCCUUGUUUGUCCUCCAAAUUAUUUUGUUGAAUUAUAUUUGAAACUGGUGUUUAGAAAGCCACAUAUUUGGAUGUGAGUGUAUUUAUGUUUUAGCUUGUUUGUAAUUACUUGGUCAAUCCUGAAUUGGCUGACUUUCAAUUCUGAUCAAAAGUACAAAAAUGCUCAUCUUG